AUCCUGUUAAGGAUUCCAAGAUUUGUGGUUUCUCAGAUUGCGAGUUGGAUAAAGAAAAAUUUCGUUUUUCUAAGAAUCAUAUUUAUAAAUAUUCUUAUGAUUCAUCAUUUCAAACGCUUUUCGCUGGAACUGAUAACAGUGAUCCCGAAUCUGAACUGUUUAUAAGUGCUACGCUAGAAAUUGUUUUCCUUUCACAAUGCCAGGGCCAAAUGAAACUUAAUUCGGUUCAUUUAAAAAAUCGUGAUGUUAACAUUACUGAUAAGUAUGAAAAGCCUGCAUCAGCCGACUAUGAGUAUGAUGAAGAUAAUGAUGACGACGAAGCAAAAAACACUUCGACGGAAUCUGAAAACAUUGAGAAGAUUAUUCACCCACAAUCUGUUAAGUUUGGUAAAGAGAUUGACGGGAUGAUUGUUCGAUUUGAUUUUCGUGAUGGAAUUAUUCAAGAAAUUUGUCCAAAUGACGACAAACAAACUUGGGUUAUAAAUUUUGUACGCGGAAUUCUUUCAUCUUUUCAAAAUUCAAUGCUGAGAUUCGAUCUCGAUCAUAAAACAACUGAAACUGAUAUAUCAGGCAUUUGUGAGACGUCUUAUAAAUUUGAUGGGUCUUCAAAUACAAGCAUUCACGUUGUCAAAAGCAAAGACAUUUCAUCAUGUCGAAAUCGCAACAAAUUUAAGUCAGUCAUUCAAACAGCUCCUUAUGAGUUUCGAAGGAGCGAUAUUUCAUGGUGGCCAAUUUACAAUUCUUCAAGCACUUGUAAACAAAUUAUCGACAAUUACAUCUUCACAUACAUUGAGUGCCAAGAGUCUCACAUUUUAAUUCCAUUUUCAAACGGUGCAAGUGGAGCCAUUGCCAAAUCUGUAUCAAAAAUUAAAUUAAUUGCGGAAAUCGAUAAGAAUGAACAAAACACCGAAGACGACGAACAAGAAGAAAUUAGGACUCGAACGUCCCUUCUUUAUGAUCAUUCAUUUUUGCCAAAGCCAACACACAAUGAACUAAAGAUUUCCCGUGACUUUCUGAAGCAAAUGUGUCUGUUGGGUUUUCCAAACAUUCAAAGAGAAUUUCCUGAUUAUUUUCUGAAAUUUAUUGGAGCCACCAAACAACUUUCAACUCACAGUCUACGUCAAUUGCUUGCCAGAUCAGCGGGGAUUUGUUUCCAAGGUAGAAAACAUGUGUUGGAGAGUUUGCCGUUCAUUGGUUCUCCAGCUUCUGUUGCAAUUAUGAAAGACUUCAUCAUAGGAAAUGAUAAAUCACAAAAAAUCGAUGAAGCAACAAAAGAAGUUUGGAUGAAUUCAAUUUUCUACCUUCCACAUCCAGAAGAUGAAACUCUUCAAAUUAUGUUCGAUUUAAUUCAACAUUAUGAAGUCGAACAGAAUCCAAUUUUUCUCUUAAUACCUUCGGCAGUCGUUCAUACAUUUUGCAUGCAAAAAAAUUGCAUCAAUAAUGAAAGUGCUGCCAAUAUCGUAAAAUAUUUGGAAGACAAAGUUGUGGAACUUUUGAAGUCGGAUGUUAAAGUGAGAAAAGUUUUCGAAAAGUUAAUAGUGACAUUGAAAGGAAUCGGAAACAUUGGAAUAUUGAGUAGGAAUUUUGAAAUGAUUUUGAGAGAUAUUUUGAUAGAUGAAGAUAAAAGUGAAGAAGUGAAACUGCAAGUGAUUCAAACAUUCCGAAGAACAAAUUGUGAAAAUUCGAGGGAGUUUUUCAUGGACAUUUAUCGAAAUAUGACACUUUCUGUCGACAUCAGAAUAUCGUCUUACCUACAAGUCAUCAAAUGUCCCAGUUAUUUGACAAUACAAACAAUCAAAAGAUUUUUACUUGACGAAAAAGUCAAUCAAGUUGGUUCGUAUGUUUGGUCUCAUUUGACGAAUCUCGGCAAAACUUCGUCACCUCAAAAGAUUCAAUUGCAAGGACUUUUGACCGAAGACAAACUGAGCGACAAAUUCAAUUUGAAUUUCCAGAAGUUUUCUAAGAACUAUGAAUACAGUUUGUUCUUCGAUGAAUAUAAUUUCGGCAUAACAGGUGAAAGUGAUGUCAUUUAUGGUAUCGAAUCUUACAUGCCACGAUCAAUCUCAUUUAAUGGAACAAUUAACUUAUUUGGCAACUCAAUCAAUCCUUUUGAAUUCAACAUUCGGUUUCAAGGUAUGGAGAACUAUAUCGAGUCAAUAUUCGGCCUUUCGGGAGCUUUAAACUUCAAUCGAUUAUUGAAUAAAUUUGGAUUCGUCUACGAGAAGAUAAAAAAGCUUUUCAACUUUGAAAAUGAUAUCAUCGACAGUGUUUUGAGAUCGAAGCGAGCUGCUUCAACUUCAGAAAAUCUUAUUGAAAGCUUUCCGUUUGAGAAGAAUUAUGAUUUCAACAGCCCAGAGGGAUAUUUUGAAUAUAAAAUAUAUGGCAAUGAUCUUAGUUUCCAUUACUUUCAAGGAUUUGACGAACUUAGCAACACAAUAAAGAAAUUUGUGCCGAUUGAGAAAGUGAAAAACAUUUUUUCGAGAAGAGAAGAAAUUUUCAUUCAAUCGGGAACUUUGAUUGAUGCUUCGUACACAGUUCCCACUUCAACUGGUUUUCCACUAGUCUUAAGUGGCUUUGGAGCAUAUUCCCUUGACAUGAGAUAUUACGGAUCAAUAAACGAUAAGAAAGAUUGGGAAUCUUAUCUUCUAGAUUUCCAUGGGAAAGUUAAUCCAAGUUUGUCGAUGGAAUUUAAUGUCAAACUUCUCAUAGAUUUGAUUCACGCUUCGUCUGACGUUAAAGUUAAGUCAAACAUUUUUUCAAAUUAUGGAAUCGAAACUGAUUUGAACAUCGAAGGAAUUAAAAAAGCUUCAUUGAAAGUGAAACUUCCACAAGAUCGAAAUGACAUUUUCAGUGUUCGCUCGCAACUUAUUGGGAAUAUUGAGGGACAAGAAAUGCUUCUUCGAGGAAUACCUCAUCGGUACAUGAAUUCAACUUGCACAUGGCCAUCGAUUGACGAUAUGCUUGGACUGAAACUUUGUAUCGAUUACAGUGUACCAGAUGUCAGUGAUGCAUCGAAUGUGUAUCCGAGUCUUGUUCUAAGUGGGCCAAUAGUCUUCGACAUUCAUCUCGACAAAGCUGAUUUGAGUGCAAAAGUUUUCAAUUUCGAAUAUCAAUGGAACAACAAAGGAAAUAUUUCAUUCGGGUCCAUGAAUUUCUUAACUCCAAACUCAAAAAUUCCUCGUGAACUCUCAGCAACACUCAGAAUCGAUGACGAAUAUCACAAUGUAACGAUGAUGUUUAAAAAUGGUCAAAAAACUCAAACAGCUCAUGGUUUAAUUAGAAGCACACCGAAUGCUAAAAUGAUGGAUCUCUCGUAUAGCGUCAAUGAGAAGAAUUAUUUCUCACUCGUGUUAAGUUCAUCGAAAAAAAGAUUGUCGCCCUCGAAAAGUUCAAUAAACCCGAGAUUCAUGUUAGUCAUAAAUGAUCAAAAAGUUGCAGGCAUGACGGGAUUGAUUAAAACAAUUGAAAAAAAUAACGUGACGCAACACGAUGUGGAUCUAAGAUUCGAGACGAAGAAAAUGCAAUCCUUGGCAAUUGGGCACAUUAUCAAGACGGAGACGUCUCUGACCACAAAGAUGCAAUAUACUUACAAGUUUUCAGGAAAACAGCCAGAAACUAUCGAAGUGGAUACCGAGUUAGCUAACAGAAGUCAAAGAAUGCGUGGGCGGACUGAAUAUCAUGGUUCACUGAAGUUUGUUUCUUCAGCUUACAGUCAUUAUAACUUUGCGUCGGACUGCUCGUUGCUAUCAUCGCAAGGUCAUAUUGAAGCGAAGUUUGGCGUCAACAACGCUCCUGAUUUCAUUGAUCCUUCGUACAAUUUCCAAACAAAGUUGACUCUUGCCAAAAAUUCCGAUGACAGUAAAAACUCCCGCACAAUGUUUUCAGUCGAAGUUACUCGACCAAAAUCAAAUAUUGAUUUGAAAUUUUAUGUGAAACAUGAUGAACAUUAUAAGAAUGGAACUGAACAUAACGUCAUAAUGCUUUUACGUUAUAGCACGAAUAAGGAAGUCAUUGGAACAGCUUCAGUUUUAAUUCCACGUGGAUCUCUUUUCGGAAUUGAUACAAGAUUCACAUUAUCAAUUCCUGAAAUGAAUUCAUGUUCUGCAGCUGUGAAGAUUAAGGAGCGUGUCAAGAAAGAUUACAUCGUUGACGUUAAUGGCGAAUGGUUCACAGGAGAAAACAUCAAAUUCGUUGGACUUUACCAGGAUCGAACGUCAAGUAUAAAGAGAUAUCAUAGAUUGAAAAGUGUCAUCAGUAGUAACAGCUUCGAUGAGAUUACUAGCGUUGUGAAGUAUUCAAGAGAUCCCCGAGAAUUCAAAGUUAAAAUCAACACUGAGUACAAGAAAAAAACUUACACAUUUUCGAUUCAAUCUCUUGAAGAAACUCCAAAGAUUUUCAUCCUUCAAACUGAAUUAAAUUGGGCAGAAGCUUCUUAUUCACUCAACACAAACUUAAGUUUACAAGGAAAUGGUUUACUUAAAGCUGAAGUUCAUUUGGAUCGAAUUCGUGACAUUCAUCUUGAGACUUGGGGAAUUGCGAAACGAUUUAGUAAUAAUUUCGGACUUGAAUUUAAAUGGGAUGCAAAUCGAAAUCCGUCACAAAAGUUCAUAUUGAAUUAUGAGUUUGACCAGAUUAAAGCAAAAGUGUACAGCGGAAAUAUUCUUGUGAGUUAUCCCGAACGAACAUUGAAUGGAAAAAUUUAUUUAUCAAAUGAAAGUCCAUAUUUGGGUAGUUUGAAGUUUUCAUGGAGUGCCGAUGAAGCAAUUGAAAUUGCUUAUUCCAUUGGAUCUGAUUUUCAAAGUCACACGAAGCUUUGGGCUGAAUUUAAAUUCGAUACGCCGUUUAAUGGUUGGAAGAGUAAUCGGCUAAACGGAAGCUUUUAUCAAAAGGAAAAUCUUUUGAUGCUUUCCGCUUAUAUGAAUUGGGCGGAGAAACAAAAUCUCAGCUAUGACUUGCUCAUCGAUUAUCUUUUAAACGAACGAGAACUUUCAGCCGAAUUAAAGACGAACGUUCAAAGCACAGUUGCCGACAUUCCACUCAUCCAUGCGCACUUAAAGCAUCUUCAAAAACAUGAUGAAGUUUAUUCAGUGAUUUUAUUCAAGCAUAAAAAUCUUGUUAGCACUGAUUUCCGAAUCUUCUCUUUGAAUUCAAAUUGGAAACAUUUUCAAAACAUUCAUCAUCGGAACAUUACAGGAUCGGUGACAUUUUCCAGUCCAUUUGAAGGCUACAAUACCGGAGCUUUCAUCACCAAAUUUUCCGUUACCAAAAACCGCCAACUUUAUGGAAUUAUUGAUGUCGAUAUUGAUGAUCGAUUAUAUCUUUUCGCUAUUGAAGGCUACAUGAGAACGAUAUUUGACAACAUGAUUUCAUUUAAUUUAACAACGCCAUUAAAGAAUUUUCCUUACCUCCUUGGAAAGUUUGGAAUUGUUGAAAGUUCGCGUUAUUUGAUUGCUGACUUAGAAAGUCUAAAUCGAUCGCUGGGAAUUGAGAUGCUGUAUGAUUUCAUUUCGAUAAAUAAUUUUAACUUAAAGUUUUAUAUUGCAACACCCCAAGCAAGCUUUCAGAGAGUCUUAGCGAUUGGGGCCAUCAAGGAACACAUGAUUCAUUUUGAAGGUGCCUGGAAUAAGAUAAGCUUGGGAUUCAAAGGAGUUUGGUAUCAGAAAAGCUACAAAGAUUUUGAAUAUUCUUAUAAAGUCUUCACGCCACUCACACAUUUUGAAGAAAAUGGUUUGGUUACCAAAAUAAAAGUCACGGACAUUCAGAAUUACGACGUUGAGUCCACGUUCAAACUGGGGAAAUAUAAAGUUGGAGUUAAAGCGUGUGGCGAACCGAAAACACAAUUAAUUAAUCAACUCGGCAUACAAAAGGCAAGUUACAUUCGAGAGAACGUUUAUCUUGACGACGACAUUAAAAGCGAUGAAAUUUCUGAAGACAAGAAGCUUGACAUUGACAGCUUUGACGAGUUUUACAGUACAACUGGACGUUUUGAAUUGCACACAAUAUUUUGGAAUUCAUUCGAAGGAAAUUAUGAAGUUCAACAAGUGGGAGAAACUUAUCACGGCUUCGCAAAGGUUUCGCUUCCAUAUGGAGAAAUCACUUUACGAAACAAAUUCGAAACCGAUCAAAAUUCUUCUUAUUCCAAUAAACUUCAAAUAGCAACACCGAUUAAGAAUUUUAAAUCGAUUGUUUCCAAUUUCAAGAUGAAACUUGUGAGUGCAAAAGAGUUCACAACAAAGUUUGAUAUUGGUACAGUUGAAGGAAAGAAACUGAAAAGUUAUGGAUUCAAAAUGAGUUAUUUGCUUCCAUUGCACGAGACAACAACUGUUCAUGAUGUCACAUUGGUUGUUUUACAUCCAUCUAUAAACACUUCGAGAAUAAAUAUUGAAGCCAGAGUGGAAACGUUAAAAGGUUCAAUUUGCAGCUCUCGUCUUGUUAUUGAUGGGCUUGACACAUAUUUGAUGAUAUCUGGAGCAGUAAAUAAAACAACGCCAAACAAGGACUUCGACAUUUCCUUCAAUCUUCAUCUCAAAUCUCCUGUCAUCAAAUUUUAUUCAUUUGAAAGCUUCUUGAGUAGAAAAGUUAUUGAGAAUCGGAACAAAAUUGCAGGUCAUUUCAAUUUGCAAAAGGAAAAUGAAGAGAACAAUUUUGAAGCUGCAUUGGAAUGGAAUCAUGACCAAAAAGACAUAAUCGACGGAAAUUUAAUGGUCAAGACAAGCCUUUUCCCAAUUCGUAACUUCAACACAAAAAUUUUCAUCACCGAACAUCAAAAUCCUGAAUUUAAUCUGCAAAUUCUUUACGGAGAUCAUCUCAAUAAUUUAGAGAUGGUGAAAUUUAAUAUAAUAAGACAAGAGAAUGUGUUUGAAGGAGAGUUGACUACGCCAUUGAAAGAAUAUUCGAAUGCACGAUUUAAUGGAGUUUUGCAAGAGAAAGGUCAGCCAGGAAAUUUCAUUGUCAAGGGACACAUUUUCAUCAAACUGUUGCCGCAUGCCUUUGAAGGAGAGUUGACGUUACUUAAGAAUCUUCCAAUUCACGUGGACUUAGUGUUCAAAGAUCAGGAAGACGUCAUCGCUUUAUUGGACUAUAAUUUGGAGUUUGAUGAUUUGAAACGAUCGAUUAAAUUAAAGGCAACCAAAGAUUCAGAUUUUAUCAGCUUCCAAAGUGAACUUUACGUGCAAUAUCUCAUGGAUUGGGCUUACAACAUUAAAAUUCUUUCAUCCGAGGCAAAUCUCAAUCAAAUUAUGCUUUCAACAACAUUAACUCCAUUGUCGAAUGCUGAAUAUGAAGCUUCAUUUGAAAUGAUCACACCAUGGUCGGAAAGUUUUAUUGACAGAGUGAACAUUUCGUCGGGGUUGAAGAUGACUGCAAAUGACGGCGAUUUUAAAUUGUCUUACGAGAUUUCGAAGAUCAAUGGCAAUGGUGGAUGUUAUUGGAAAUGGCUACAGAAAUCACAGAAACAAGAUUAUCAAUUGAAGAUAUUCACACAAAGGAAAACGAAGCAAGAACAUUUCACAACUGAAAUUAUUUACAGAAAUUCAUCAAAGACUGCAACCGACUUCUUGUUCUUAGUGUCAGUUGAAAAUCUUUGGAAGAUUUCGUCACAUGCGUUGUUUAAUAUUAGAAAUGUCGAGAACAUGACAUUGAAGUACGAGUUGAGUCUUCCAGAACCAAUCGAAGGAAAUCAUAAAAUAUUAGCCAACUACAAGGGAAAUCAUUUCCCACCAAAGAUUUCUCCUGACUCGUUCAUCGAUGUCGAUUUUUCAUACGAGAACGAAAUGACGACGACAGACUUAAAAACCAUGGGAACGUUGAAAGAUUUUAAGAACGUUGAUAAUGAAAUUAUGUUCAAAUGGGGAGAUAAAACGUCACCGAAAAUUUUGCAAUCCAAUUUUUCUCUUCAAACGCUCGAUCAGAACUCGAAUUGUUUAUGGGAACUCUCAACACCUUACUAUGAGAAUGAAAAAACAUUCAAUUUAAAAGGAAAUUUCAUUCCCAAAGAUGAGUUCAAAGUUAUUCAUGCGACAGUUCAUUCACCUGAGUCACAACAAAUUAUUAUUGGCGACAUGGCAUUUGCUGACAUCACAAACAUGAAAGGUUACAUCAACUGUUCGUUGCCAGUCUUCAAUGUCUCUUGGUUUGAUGUCAAUUUCGAUUUCGAUGCUCAAGAUCAAGAGAGUGGAAAGUUCAUCAAAGCGACAUGGCCUGAAAAUUAUGCACUUUUGGAUUCAAAAAGCACUUUUAUCAACCAAAAUGACCACAGAGAAUGGAAGGGCACAGUCAAAACUGAAUUGCCAUUAUAUUCAAAGCACAUUGUGCAGAUUAUUUAUGGCUUGAAGGAAAAAUCACAAAUCACAACAGGCGACGCUUCAGUUGAUUAUAAUUCAAAGAACAUCAUCAACAGUCAUUACACUUCGAAAACUGAAAUUUAUGACGAAGACGAAUCAAAGAAUGUCAUCAAUCUAACCAUCGAAAACGAGUUUACACCCAUAGGCAUGCAUUACACUCAUCAGAGGAAGAACGACCAAAUGAAAACGUCGAAAGUUAAUACGAGACAUUUGGAACUUUUCGAUCUACGCAAAGACAAUCGAUUCAACAUAACUGGAGAGUUCACUGUAGAAGUCAGUGAUGGAAAAGAAGACUACAAGCUCACAGCUAUUCAUCCUAACAGAACAAUUGUUUUGACAUCGAGUUACAAUCAGAACAAGUCAAACACUUUGCAUAGUUCAAAAUUGGAGCUUGCAAGUAAUAUUUGGUUUGGAUAUAACAUCGAACUUCUUAAUCGAACUGUUGCGUCAGUUGAGAACCAAGAAGUCAAUUUGGAAUUGUUUUAUCCAACUCGAAAUGUUUGGCUGAAAUGUUUUUAUCUUUUGAAAAGUGAUCAAUUUCUGGGCGAUUUGACUGUUCAAUUGAAGAAAACUUUAGCAUCAGAGACAGAACAAGACGAUGAAGUGGUAGAUGAAGAUUCAGACAACGCACGCGACACAGAAUUGAAAACGAUUCAAGGAAAUAUUCAAUGGAAUGAUCUUGAAGCACUUUCAAAGACCAAAGAUCAUCACAAAUUCACAAUUGGGCUGAAACAUCCUUCAUUCGAGAAAGACGUGACAUUGUCAGGAUUUUUACUACGCGAUGCAUCAGAGAAAGCAAGAAUUGACCUCGAAUAUGAUUACAGCAUCGAUGGCAGUCAUCUAGCGAAAUUUUCAGCUGAAAUUGCCAACUUAACUAGUUUUGUCGGCUACAAAAAUUAUUCGAUUUCAGUUUUAGGGUCGCAUGAAGCUUCAGAGUUUGAUUUGAAUUUUUCAGGUUUUCUCGGUUUGAAACCAAAUAAAUAUAAAAUUGAAGCUUCGGGAUUGUACAAGCGAGCUUAUCUGCCUGAGCAGGAAAUGGAACUUUUAGCUUAUGCAGACAUCAAUAAUAAGAAAAUUAAAGUUUAUAGAUCGACUCCGAAUAAAUUGAUUGACGUUUAUGCAACGACAAGUUUGAACUUUCCAAUCUACUCAAUCGAUACAAUUUAUGUUGACAGCCCUGAUUAUGAGUCUGCUGGUACACUUGUUUUGAACAUUAUUGAUCGUUUUAUUGAUGGAAAUUUAAACUUUACAUUUGAUGCAUCACAAAACUUACAAAUUCGCGGAGAUAUUCCCGACACUCGCAGUGCUUUCUUCAACAUAUGGAGAAACUAUGACGAUGUUCGAGUUAACGACAUUUCUUAUUUUCUUAUGAUGAACCACUCGAGACUUAUUUCGAGCAAGUUGAUUUGGCGGCCAAGUUUGAGAAAAGAAUUUAAAGAUUCAAUCAAAACAUUUAUGACAUCUCGAUAUAGUUCAAUUGCCCAUGAAAUCGAUUAUUGGAUUAGGAUUUUAUACAGUGAAACAAAAGAUACAGUGAAAGGAGUUAUGGAUGAAUCCAAAACUUUCACUCAAGAUUUUCUUGAAGAUUUGUCAUCGAUCAAAGACAUUGACAAGGAUUUGUCGUCGUUUAGAACUUUUCUGAAUAAUUCCUACUAUGCUGAUGAUUUCUACAUUCAAUCAUUCAUAAACUUCACGUUGACUGUUCUUGAUGAACUUGCCAUCACUGACCACUUACAAACAAUUCCAAGAAUCUUCAAAGAGAUGUGGGAAGUUCUCGGAGAAUCAAGUUUGGCUUUUAAGAAUUCAAUUUUGUGGAUCUUAGACACGAUAAAAGUUUCUUACAAAGAGUCCAUCGAAAUGUUCAAUCAGUUAUUGCAAGGCAACUCAUUAGAUCAUCUCACAAAGUUCCUCGAGAUAUUAAUUGAAAAAUAUGACAGAUUUGUGAAAGAUCUUCAUGUUACUUUUAUGAAUUACAUCGAGUCGAUGUGGGAUAAUCUUGUUUACACAGUUUCAGUUUAUUGGAAUCGCAUUUUGCAGAAUAUUGAACCACAAAUCAUUCGCAGCAUUCACUACAUCGAAUCUGUUGUGUGGGGAAUCAGCACAGAAGUCUUUGAUUUCAUGUACAAUCGCACAAACGAACUCAUUGAGUCUCCGUAUUUCUCGAAAGUCUCGAACAUUACUCACGAUUUGGAUGUUUUAUAUCAAGACUUACAACACAACGACAUCUUCGUCAAUUUCCGUAAAUAUUCUGGAGUUAUGUGGCAAUUCCUGAAAGAAAAGUUCUUAAGCAUGGUUCCGUUUGGAAAAGAGAUUAAAGAAAUUUUCGCUGAUGUUAGCUUGGAAUUGAAGGAGUUACAGAAAGUGGAGCCUUUGAAAGAAACUGUCCAGAGAUAUGAAGACAUCAUCGCAAAGAUUUCAUGGCUUAUGAAUGAAUUUCAAUUGGAAAAGCGAAUAAAUUUACUCAUCGAUGUUCUCAAAAAGAAGCUCAAUCGAAUCACACAAAAUGCUUUACAGACUGACGACGUUUAUCGAGAAGCCAAAACCAAAUUCAUUUUAGAUCCGGACAUGGGAAUCAUCGAAUGGGAACAGAAACUUCCAAUGGCAUGGCAUGCGUUUAACGAAACUCCCCAAUUUGAAGAAAUUCCUGAAUACAAACUCUUAACUGGUGUGCAAUCAUUCUUGUUCAAUAAGAGAAACACUUCGAUCUUUAACAUUUACUACGGCCUCAAACCUUUAAGUGAACCUCAGAACUUCCUACCGCCUUUCAAUUCAUAUGCUUUACUUGUUGGCUCUCAACACAUCAUCACAUUCGAUAAAAUCAAUUUGAAUUUAAACACCGCUGAAUCUAAUGAAGAUUCGAGAACUGUUACAAUUUUGAACUCUGAUUGUUCUCAUCUCUUAGCUCACGAUUUUGUCAGCAAUAAAUUUACACUGAUUUUGAAAUCUGCAACAUCCACAGAUGGAUCUUUGGCGAAGAAAUCUUUCGUAAUUUAUUCUGGAAGUGAGAAGAUUGAAAUCGAAUUGGGAGAUCCAUUAGGUGCAAUUCAUAUUGGAGAGAAUUUGACUUCAGUGCUGCCAACUUCAAUUGGCGAUCUUAUGAUAAUUAGAGAGAUUCACAUCAUAACAGUUUCAUCACGUAAAGGCUUCAUUGUACGUUGCAACUUAGAAUUUGACUUGUGCACCAUUGAACUGAGUGGAUGGUUCUUUGGAAAAGUCGCAGGCAUACUUGGAACAAUGAAUAAUGAACAUUUUGAUGACAUGAUGAAAUCAGACAAUGUAAUAGCCGAACGCGAGCAAGAAUUCAUUGAAAGUUGGCAAACAGAUUCAUGCGUUGCAUCAGAAUUAUCAUCAACAGAUGACAAAUUCAAUGUCAAUUCAUCAGUCAGUUGUGAAAUUAUGUUUAAAAUGAAAACUUCAUAUUUUGCAAGCUGCUUCUCAAUCAUUGAUUCUCUUCCAUUCUAUCAAAUGUGUUUGAGUCUUAAUCAACAGCCGAGAUAUCAAUUGACAAACGAAGAAGCUGAGAAAGCUGCUUGCACUUCUGGAAUUGCUUACAUCGAAGCAUGUUCGUAUGCGAAUGUUCCUUUAAGAGUUCCUGACACAUGCAUUAAUUGCAAGCUUCCUAAUGGUUCGAGAAUUCCUGAAGGUACUUUCACUGAAAUCAAAGGUGACCAAGUGAUUCCGGCAGUUGACGUCGUGUUUUUAUUAGAUGCAAAGAAAUGCAACACCGACAAUACAAAGAGAAAACUUUUAUCAACCUUAGCUAUGUCAUUGACCAGAGAAUUUAAACUUUCAUCAAUUGACCAUCAUCGAUUUUCUGUGGUGAUCUUUGGUGGAUCUGAAGAGUUUCAACAGCCACGAAGUAUCACAUCAAAUGGAAAUGUCUUCACAACAGCUGAUCGAAUCUCAACUUACUUUGAUCAUGUUAAUGAAGGAAAUGGAACUGCUGAUGUGUUGACGGCCAUUGCAUUUGCUUCGAAAUUGAUUUUCAGACCAACUGCAGUCAAAACUUUCGUCUUGUCUUUGUGUGGAAAGUGCGAAUAUAAUCUUUUGAAGUUUGACUUCAAAUCCGUUUCUCAAUUACUUCGUGAGAAUGACAUUAGUCUUCAUAUCUUAUCCGACAAUCCUUUUAAUUCAAAGAAAGUUAUUGGAAUUGAUCAACUUUAUGCUUACACCGGAAAGGAUCUGUCAAAAAUAACUGGAGAUGAGAAUUUAAGAAGGAAUGCGCUUUCAUUAGAAAGCCCUCUUCGUCAAUGUUCAUCAUUAGCUUUUGAAACAGACGGCUCGAUAUUUUCUUUAAAAAAGUCCAAUAAGAAGACUGAAAACGACAUGAGAAUAAAUCUGUUUGCACAAAGAAUUGCGCUUGGUUCACGAGUCAAAUCUUGUCAUUUGUGCGAGUGUGAAGGUUACAAUUCAGGCACAGCUUACCUGACCUGUAUGAGUUGCGAAGAUCAAAGUUCAAUUCAUUCUGAUUAUGAUAUCGAGGUUGAAGCUGACAUCGGCGAUUUCUAUGACGAUGACAUUUGAAAUGAUGGCAAAUAAAAUAAAUAUUUCAUCAACUUUUAAAUCGUUUUAUUCCUUUUCAUAAAGUUAUUUUAAUAAGUUCAAUAUUAUAAUAAGAAAGGCAACAGAGGCUAAAUAUUUGACAUAAUUUUCUUGUAAUUCUUUAGAGAUUCCAUCACAGAGAAGAACUUUCUUUUACUUUUAUAUUUAUAUCUCAUCAAAUCAUUUGAUUGUAGCUUUGAUGGCAGUUUUCGAAUAAAGCUUUUGAAAUAUUUGUUAUUAAUAUUAAUUAAAUUCUUGAUGCUUCAAUAUUUGUAACUAAUUAUUAAUAUUUCUUGCCUUUAUCUAAUGAUUUAGCUAAUAAAUUUUCUCUUAAAUGACAUCAAUUUUAUGUAGUUGAAACUUUUCUAAAUAACUUUUCAGUGACUACAUUCUAU